AUGGGCCAGGUCGUUUUCGGUUCCUCCUUUGAAGAAAUACACAAUGAUGCUAACAGUGAUUUGAACUUGGAUAAACGCUUCAUAGGAGAGGACACUAAAACUGUUGAUAAUCCAUUCACUUGUGAAAUUUGCUCCAAACAUUAUUCAUUAAAGUGUAAUUUAAAAAGACAUAUGAAGUCGCAUGAUGGUAAAGAAGAACGGCGUAAUGAAGAAAAACCUUUGGAAUGCGAAAUUUGUUUGAAACGGUUUCGAACUAAUUUUGAAGUAAAAUCGCAUAUGAGAAUUCAUACUGGAGAAACAUUUAAGUGUGCUCUUUGCCCCAAAGAGUAUUCCUCAAAUUUUACUUUAAAAUCACAUAUGAGACGGCACACAGGAGAAACAUUUUCAUGUAAAAUAUGCUUCAAACAAUUUAUUACAAGUUCUAAAUUCAAAGCGCAUCUGUUAAAACACAGUGGAGGAAGUAAAGAAAGACGUUUCACAUGUGUGAUUUGCUCCGAAACAUUUUCAACCAAUCAUAGAUUAAAAGUACAUUCAAGAUGGCACACUGGAGAAACUUAUACAUGCGAGAUUUGCUCCAAACAGUUCGUUGACAGACUUUAUUUCAACGUCCAUCUGAGAUUGCAUACGGGUGCAAAACCUUUUCAGUGUGAAAUUUGUUCUAAACAUUUUUCACACAAUUCCUCAUUAAAAGUGCAUAUGAGAACACAUACUGGAGAAAAACCCUUCAGCUGUGAAGUUUGCUCCAAAGCGUAUGUAAAAAAUUCGGAUUUAAAGAUUCAUAUGAGAGAGCAACACACUAAAGAAACGCCCUACGAAUGUAAAAUUUGCCCUAAGAAGUUUGCAACAAGUAGGAGAUUAAAAAGUCAUAUGAUAGUGCAUAUGGAAAAAGGUCCUUUCAAGUGUGAAAUUUGCCCGAAACAGUAUAAAACAAAUAAAGAUCUUCAAGUGCAUAUCAAAUUGCACACUGGAGAAGUAACUUUUUCGUGCGAAGUUUGUUCAAAACAAUUUUCUACAAAUUAUACGUUAAAAGUACAUAUGAGGGUGCAUACGAAAGAAUUUUUUCCGUGUGAAGUGUGCCCUAAAGAAUUUUUAACAAAAUCCAAAUUAAAAGUACAUAUGAGAAGGCAUACAGAUGACAGGCCUUUCUCUUGUGAACUUUGUCCCAAACGAUUUGCAGUGAAAUAUGAGUUAAUUGCACACAUGAAAUGGCACACUAGAGACGUUCUUUAUACAUGUGAAGUUUGCAACAAACAGUUCGUUACCAAGACAGUCUUAACUAGACAUAUGAGAAGUCAUACGGGGGAAAACCAAUUAACUGUCAACACGGAUGGAAUGGGUUCCUCCUCUAAAGAAGUAAACAAUGAUGCUAACAGUGAUUUGAACUCAGACAAAGAUUUCGUAGGAGAGGACACUAAAACUGUUGAUAUUAAUUGGUUCACUUGUGAAAUUUGCUCCAAACAUUAUUCAUUAAAGUGUAGUUUAAAAAAACAUAUGAAGUCGCAUGAUGGUAAAGAACAACGGCCUAAUGAUGAAGAAAAACCUUUUGAAUGUGAUGUUUGUUUUAAACGGUUUAAAACUAAUUUAGAAGUGAAAUCGCAUAUGAGAACUCAUACUGGAGAAACAUUUAAGUGUGAACGUUGCCCCAAAGAGUAUCUUUCCAAUUCUUCUUUAAAAUUGCAUAUGAGAUGGCACACCGAAGAAACUUUUUCAUGUAAAAUAUGCUCCAAACAAUUUAAAAGAAUUUCCAAAUUCAAAGCGCAUAUGGUAACGCAUCGUGGAGGGAAAAGAGAAAGGCGUUUCACAUGUGUGAUUUGCUCUAAAGCAUUUUUAAACAAAGGUAAUUUAACACGACAUGUAAGAUGGCACACUGGAGAAACUUACACGUGCGAGAUUUGUUCCAAACAGUUCGUUUACCGUCAUUAUUUCAACGUCCAUCUGAGAUUGCAUACGGGCGCAAAACCUUUUCAAUGUGAAAUUUGUUUGAAACAUUUUUCACACAAAUCAGCAGUAAAAGUACACAUGAGAACACAUACUGGAGAAAAACCCUUCAUUUGUGAAAUCUGCUCCAAACCGUAUGUAACAAAUUCGGAUUUAAAGGUUCAUAUGAGAGAGCAACACACUAAAGAAACGCCCUAUGAAUGUAAAAUUUGCCCUAAGAAGUUUGCAUCAAGUAGUAGAUUAAAAAGUCAUAUGAUAGUGCAUAUGGAAAAAGGUCCUUUCAAGUGUGAAAUUUGCCCGAAGCAGUAUAAAACAAAUAAAGAUUUUCAAGUGCAUAUCAAAUUGCACACUGGAGAAGUAACUUUUUCAUGCGAAGUUUGUUCAAAACAAUUUUCUACAAAUUCUACGUUAAAAGUACAUAUGAGGGUGCAUACGAAAGAAUUUUUUCCGUGUCAAGUGUGCCCUAAACAGUUUUUAACAAAAUACAAAUUAAAGAUACAUAUGAGUAGGCAUACAGAUGACAAGCCUUUCCCCUGUGAAAUUUGCUCCAAACGAUUUGCAGUGAAAAAUGAGUUAACUUCACACAUGAAAUGGCACACUAGAGACGUUCUUUUUACAUGUGAAGUUUGCAACAAACAGUUCGUUACCAAGACGGUCUUAACUAGACAUAUGAGAAGUCAUACGGGGGAAAACCAAUGA